AUGAGGAUGUGCGCCCCCGUCGGGGGGCUGCUCACCACCCUCGCCGUGGUGUUUGGGACAGCGGUGGCGUUUGCACCCAUACCUAGGAUCACCUGGGAGCACAGAGAGGUGCAGCUGGUGCAGUUUCACGAGCCGGGUAUCUUCAACUACUCGGCCUUGCUGCUGAGUGAGGACAAGGACACCUUGUACGUGGGCGCCCGGGAAGCCGUGUUUGCCUUGAACGCACACAAUAUCUCCAAGAAGCAACAUGAGGCGUAUUGGAAGGUCUCGGAAGAUAAAAAAGCAAAAUGCGCGGAAAAGGGGAAAUCAAAACAGACAGAAUGCCUUAACUACAUCCGAGUGCUGCAGCCCCUCAGCACCAGUGCCCUUUACGUGUGCGGGACCAACGCGUUCCAGCCAGCCUGUGACCAUCUGAACUUAACAUCCUUUAAAUUUCUGGGCAAAAAUGAAGACGGCAAAGGAAGGUGUCCCUUUGACCCAGCACAAAGCUACACGUCCGUCAUGGUUGAUGGAGAGCUUUAUUCUGGGACGUCAUAUAACUUUUUGGGAAGCGAACCCAUCAUCUCCCGAAAUUCUUCCCACAGUCCUCUGAGAACGGAGUAUGCAAUUCCUUGGCUUAACGAGCCCAGCUUCGUGUUUGCUGACGUGAUAGCAGAGAGCCCGGAGGGCGGGGACGGCGGGGACGACAAGGUCUACUUUUUCUUCACGGAGGUGUCUGUGGAGUAUGAGUUCGUCUUCAAGCUGAUGAUCCCACGGGUAGCGAGGGUCUGCAAGGGGGAUCAGGGUGGCCUGAGGACCUUACAGAAGAAGUGGACCUCCUUCCUGAAGGCCAGGCUGAUCUGCUCCCGGCCGGACAGCAACCUCGUCUUCAACGUGCUGCGAGACGUCUUUGUCCUCAGGUCUCCCGGCCUGAAGGAGCCCAUGUUCUAUGGGGUCUUCACCCCACAGCUGAACAACGUGGGGCUCUCAGCCGUGUGCGCCUACAACCUGUCCACAGCCGAGGCAGUCUUCUCCCGUGGGAAGUACAUGCAGAGCGCCACGGUGGAGCAGUCGCACACCAAGUGGGUGCGCUACAACGGGGCCGUGCCCACCCCGCGGCCCGGCGCGUGCAUCAACCGAGAGGCGCGUGCGGCCAACUUCUCCAGCUCCCUCAACCUACCAGACAAGACUCUGCAGUUUGUCAAAGACCACCCUCUGAUGGAUGACUCCGUGACCCCAAUAGACAACAGGCCCCGGCUGAUCAAGAGUGACGUGAACUACACGCAGAUCGUGGUGGACAGGACCCGGGCCCUGGAUGGGACGGUCCAUGACGUCAUGUUUGUCAGCACAGACCGGGGUGCCCUGCACAAAGCCAUCAGCCUUGAGAACAACGUCCACAUCAUCGAGGAGACACAGCUCUUCCAGGACUUCGAGCCUGUCCAGACCCUGCUGCUGUCCUCCAAGAAGGGCAGAAGGUUUGUCUAUGCCGGUUCCAACUCGGGCGUGGUGCAGGCCCCCGUGGCCUUCUGUGGAAAACACGGCACCUGCGAGGACUGCGUGCUGGCCCGGGAUCCCUACUGUGCCUGGAGCCCGGCUGCGGCCGCCUGCAUCGCCCUGUACCAGACCGACGGCCCCAGCAGGGGUUUGAUUCAGGAAAUGAGUGGGGAUGCGUCUGCUUGCCCUGAUAAAAUUAAAGAAAGUUACCUGCAGCAUUUUUUCAAGCAUGGUGGCACAGCAGAACUCAAAUGCUCCCAAAAGUCCAACCUGGCCCGGGUGGUGUGGAAGUUCCAGAAUGGCGUGCUCAAGGCCGAAAGCCCCAAGUACAGCCUGGUGGGCAGGAAGAACUUGCUCAUCUUCAACCUGUCAGAAGGAGACAGUGGUGUGUACCAGUGCCUGUCUGAGGAGAGGGUCAAGAACAAGACAGUCCUGCAGGUGGUGGCCAAGCACGUUCUGGAGGUCAAGGUGGUCCCUCGAACUCCGGUGGCCUCCACCUCACCGGUCACAUGGACAGAAGGUAGUAGGAUCACCUCCAAAGUGUCAGCAGGGCCCACCCAAGGCUCCUUUCCCCAGACCCCAGCCGUGCAGGUCACCACUCCCAGUGCCAUCGCCCUGCCCUCCAGCCCCGAGGGGCCCACCAGCAUGUCCUGUGAACCAAAGAUUGUCAUCAACACGGUCCCCCAGGUCCACUCGGAGAAGACAAUGUAUCUCAAGUCCAGUGACAACCGUCUCCUCAUGUGUCUCUUCCUCUUCUUCUUCGUCCUCUUCCUCUGCCUCUUCACCUACAACUGCUAUAAGGGCUACCUGCCCGGACAGUGUUUAAAGUUCCGCUCGGCCAUGCUCCUCGGGAAGAAGCAGCCCACGUCGGACUUCUCGGAUUGCGAGCAGAGUGUGAAGGAGACUCUGGUGGAGCAGGGCAGCUUCUCCCAGCAGAACGGGGGGCAGCCCAAGCCGGCCCUGGACACUGGCUAUGAGACAGAGCAGGACACCAUGGCCAGCAGGCUGCCCACUGACCGGGAGGACUCGCAGAAGAUCGACGAGCUCCCAGUCAGAGACCGGCCAUUUGACGUCAAGUGCGAGCUGAAGUUCGCCGACUCGGACGCGGACGGGGACUGA